AUGUUUGUCGAAAGCCUACCGUAUGCUGCAUAUGGGCUUUCCUUAUGGGCUUUGGCAACAUUGGCAUUCCUCGCUUUCAUCGCCCAUGCGGCUUACGAAAACGACCCAGCUAAGAACAACAACUUCACUAUAGCCCUCAAGCUGCUUCUCCGGGCUGUCGAUACUGGUCUCGCCAUGAAUGGUUGUUGA